AUGUCACUGAUUAGCUCUGCCCAGAGCCUGAGGUCUAGGCAAAUCUCGAACCUCAAAAAGAUGCUCCAUUUGAAUACCGAAAUUGAAACAGGAUUGGUUGAGUCAACAACACAAACUACAGAGUCUGAUUUAAUUUGGAAAGUUCUAAUCCUUGAUAAAAAGUCGACAUCUAUUGUAUCUUCUGUGUUAAGGGUGAACGAUUUAUUAGAAUAUGGGAUUACAAUGCAUGCGAUGAUUGACAAGCGUAGAGCUCAGCUCGAAGAUGUUCCUGUGAUUUAUUUUGUUGAACCAACACCUGAAAAUGUGGCCACUAUCAUUAAGGAUAUAGAAAAUGAUCAAUAUUACCAAUUUUACAUCAACUUUACCUCUAGUUUGAGUAGGUCUUUAUUAGAGGAAUUUGCUAAAAAAGUUGCCCUAACAGGGAAAUCUGACCGUAUUAAGCAGGUUUUUGACCAAUAUUUGGAUUUCAUCGUUACUGAACCAAAUCUAUUUUCACUAGAGCUAAAAGAUACUUACUAUCAGUUCAAUAGUCCAUCAUCGACAGAGGCAUUGAUAAACGAGAAGAUUGAUCAAAUUUCGAAUGGUAUUUUUUCUUCCGUUCUUACGAUGGGAUCGAUCCCAAUUAUUAGGGCCAACAAAGGGGGUCCGGCUGAAUUAAUUGCACAAAGACUUGAUGCCAAAUUGAGGGAUCAUGUCAUCAAUACCAGAAAGUUAUCUACCCAUGCUACAGAUAUUCAUUCUAGUCUAUCAAAUGGCAACUUUGUUUUGAUUUUACUAGAUAGAAAUGUGAAUCUAACAUCAAUGUUUUCACAUUCUUGGAUUUAUCAAUGCAUGGUCAACGAUGUUUUCAAGCUAGAAAGAAACACCAUUAAGAUUGAAAAGGUUAUCAAAGACUCAAAUGGAAAUGAAAAGAUAGAAAUGAAAAAAUUUGAUAUUGAGCCAAAAGAUUUUUUCUGGGAACAGAAUGCCGCAUUGCCAUUCCCCAAUGCCGUUGAAAAUGUUGAGUCUGAAUUGAAUAGUUAUACCGAGGAUGCUAAGCAAAUUACUGCAAAGACAGGAUAUUCUUCGAUCCAAGAAAUUGAUCUAAAAGAUGAUACUGACACUCAGCAUAUUCAAGAUGCAAUUAAAUUAUUACCUGAAUUAACUUUCAGGAAAAACAUAAUUGAUUUACAUAUGACAGUCCUAUCGGACUUGAUCAAAGAGUUGGAUUCCAAAAACUUGGAUUCUUUUUUUGAAAUUGAACAAAAUUUGAAUGAUCCUAAAAUCCAAAAGCAGUUUUUAGAAUUACUGUCAAGCAACGCAAAGGAAAAUAAUUCACUUGACAAAUUAAGAACUUACAUAAUUUUAUACCUCUCGUGUGAUCUUCCAAAGUCCUUUUGUGACACAUGUGAGUCGCAGCUAUCUAAAUUAGAUAUCGACUUAUCUGCUUUGCAGUACAUCAAGAAGGUAAAGGAAUUUACUAAACUUUCGGAAAUGCAAUUAUCAACUUCUUCCAAUACCAAUAGCAAUUCACAUAUACAAAACAAAGGUGCUCUUUUUUCAAAUUUAUCGUCUAAGUUGAUAAAUCUAACCGAUGGCUCAAGUAAGUUGUCCGAAGGUUUUGGUUCUUUAGUCAGUGGUAUUAAAAACUUGUUACCUGAAAAAUCAAAUCUACCUGUCACAAACAUAGUCGAAUCUAUUAUGAACCCUAACCAAGCAAACGCAAAUUCAUUAAAGCUAACUGAUGAUUACGUCUAUUAUGAUCCAAGUAUAACUAGAGGUGCUCAUUCCAAGCAACCAAAACGUAAAACUUACAGCGAAGGUAUGGUAUUCAUUGUUGGGGGCGGUAACUAUGCUGAAUACUCUAAUUUACAGGAUUGGUGCAAUGAAUGGAAUAUCAAACAGGGCGUUAAUAGUGGUUCCGUUGGUGGCUCGAGCGCAGCAAAAAUGGUUUGCUAUGGUUCUACCGAUAUAAUCACAGCUAAGGACUUUAUUGAAGAAUGUGGUAAAUUGGCAUUAUAA